ACCGACUCUCGAGUCUCGACUCCUGACUCCACUCCAACUUGAGAAAAGUUGGAAGCCUGAGAACUUGCACAAGUUGCAGUGGCUGCUUCCACCAGGUGCCGCUUGACCACCCUAGCUGCCUAGAUGCAGGCUUUCAGACAGUCGCUACUGCAAUAGUAUCACAAGUCUUCGCAAUGUCGUGCCCAGCCACACAGGUGGUUCAAGCACGUCCCUUCUCACACAGACAUGAGGUUUCCCCAUCCACUCUCUCUUGCAGACUCACUCCUGUCGGGUGCUUUGCAGCAGGUCUGCACAGUCUUGUACAUCCGCCACUCUUCCGUUCUCGAGUAAAACCACCACCACCACCUCCUGUCAGUCUAGGUAGGCAAAGUCUGCUGCGAGAAAGAGUCCAUGUCCAGACGGUAGCAGCUAAUAGGCUGAGAGUCACCGCUGAGAAGGGCGGUUUCUUUGCAGGCGAUGCUGAGGGCAAAGAUACCCAGGGAAUCAUCAGGAGGCUGCGCUCCUGCCGUGACUUGGAAGCUGUUCAUGCGAUCCUAUCGCAACAUCUUCAGAGAGUCCCUCCGGAGCCAGAGGUUUCGAUGUUUGUGGGCAGAGAAGCAGAAGUCUUAGAAGUUCUUCAAGAACUGAUGGCUACGCUCCGCACCAAUGACUUCUAUGCAGGGCGCAGGAUCCCGCGGGACCAAGUUCACGCGUCUCCAUGGCAAGGAGGUCCUGGGAUUGGCAAGACCAGGUUGGGUGAGGAGAUCACGAAAGGCAGUGUGGGACUCCUAGCUGGUUUACUGCUGGAGCAUCGGGAUCUUCUUGCGGCCCUGAAGAACCUGAAGAUCAACAUUGAUGUGCGGGAGCUGGAAGACGGCGUCCGCCUCUUGGACAGUGGCCGUAUCAGCUACGCUUACAUGGAGUUCAAUGGCACCGGGGGGGAAUUCACACUGGCUGACUGCACCAACGGGCGCUUCGAUGCCAAGGCAGCAGAUCGGGCGAUUGGGCUCCGCCUGUACGCCUCCCUCUUUUUCAACUUCACGGCGGUAGAACUGCGGACAGUCAUCACAACCAAGAGGCUGGAGCAGCUAUUUACCAUCAAGAACGUGUGCCGCCUGCGGGCGAAACUGGUCCGCGAACAAGGAGGCUUCCCUGAGCAGUCCGUGCUAGCAAGCAUCAUAGUCAUGGACGAGAUUCAGCUGGCGGCAUCUAAACUGGAGCGACUCUGCAAGAUUGAUCCGCAGACGGCGCUGAAGACAAUCCUAAAAGCCGUCUGCGACUACAAGUCCCUGUACUCUGGCAAGGAUUUCCAUGCUCUCAUGUUUAUACCAAUGGGGACCAACCUGCACAAGGUGCAACGCUCCUUCGAGCUGACUGAGUACGGCGCCGCCAAGAUGCACGACCUCUUGGAGCUGCGGGACGACGGGGAGCUGCCAGCCGCCUUCGUGGAAAGCGUGAUGCUCUCAAAGCACCCCUCUGAAGCCGACAAGAUCUUCGAGUUCGUUUAUAGCGGUCCCGUGCGCCUCCUUCUUGCGAAAGCUGGGGGCGUUCCCCGUUAUCUUAUGGCAGUGGCGAGAGCGGCUGUCAGACCUGCAUUUUGGGAGCGGCUACCAGAGGUUGCAGCCCCCGGGAUCUACGCCAAGCUGGCGGCAAUCAUGGAGCCGUAUGUGGAAGAAGAGGUUGAGAUAUGGUUCAGGGGAAGCGACCUGAUAGAGCGCUGGGGGGGGGUGGAGGUUGCGAAAGUUCUCGUUAGCAUGGUUUUGGUAGCCUACCCGAUCGAGCAGACCACAAUGCUAGUGGGCCGAGACCCUGAGCGGAAGCUAGAACAGAUUUUGGAGCUGACCAUGCCGUACCUCACGGAAGCAGCGAAGGCGAAAAGACGAUUGCUGAUCCAUAAGAAGGUGAAGGAGGUGAAGGAAGGGGCGAAAGAUAGGCUGGGGACUCGACAGGUUUUAGAGGAGCAGUCGGUUCAACGGCUCACCAUGCCGUAUUACCUGCUGCAGCUAGUUAUCCGGGAGCUCAAAAGAUUGGGGCAGCUUGACAGCGUGCCAGGGUUAGGCCUGCUAUGGGACUUAGGCUGCGGUGGAGCGCUUGACGGAACGCGUCUGGAGGAGAUGGUGUCUGCGAGGGAAGCGGUGCUCUCGUGGCUCGUCCUGGAGUUGGAGCGGUUGCACACAGGGGCAGCAUCGGCUCCGGAGAGCGUGCGAAAACGCCUGAGAGAUCUCUACCCCACAGCUAUUGCUGCAGAAUCGACUUUGAACGAGGAGGUUGAGGUCAGGCUUUUGUCAGUCUUUCAGUACAUGAGGGAUCCUUUGAUCGAUAACGCCUACACAUGGCAAGUGCCCGCAGACGGGUUAGUCGAAGUCAAACCCUACGAAAGAAACCAGCCGCUGUCGAGGUCAUAUCUCGAUUUAAAUCUGGUCUUUAGAAUGGAUCCUUAUGCAAGCGGGAAGGACUGCACAGCGGCUGACCUACAUGUCACCCGAGUGCUGGGAGAGACCGGCGAGGUAUCGCUUAACAUCUUCAGUUGCAAACGAACAGGGGGAAAGAAUGCAGUAAAAACAGUCUUACAGCAACACACAAACAUCUCGAAAGGUCCCAAAGCCCCGAACCUCAGAGUCUUUUAUAUCACAACAUCCCGUUUAGAUAGGAAGAAAGAAGCAGAGGAAGCGAUGAAAAAUUGCAAGCCACCGAUGAUUGUGGUCGAUGGAGACGCGAUGGAAGGGUUCCUUGGCUGCUUUGGCGACAUUCGGCCAUUAGCAGGAGAGAACGAGGCGAUUCUUAAAGCAAGGCGCUUAUCAAGGGCCCGAGGCGCAAACGGGAAUCGGCAACAAGUUGGUACGGCCGCAGACGACAGUUUGGAGCAGCCUCAACCCGAGAUGACUUCUGAGGAGUUCGAAGCGUACCUUUCUGAGACGACUCGGUUGUUAUCGAACAAAGGCGUGUUAAUGACUCCUGAGCGGCGGGCAGCAAUAGCUGCUGACUUGGAAAAAAUACUACUGGAUGGACAAUCAAAGAGCAUCUAUGGUGAACGUUUGAGAGACGGACAACCGAAAAGCGAGGAAUAGGCUUCCAGGAGUUGGCCGAUGAACGAUCAACUUCGCACAGCUGCUUACACCUUAGGUACAGCCGUGAAAAGAGAAACCCGAUUGAGCGUACCGUACGUUCUCUUGGCAACUAGGCUAGGCUGGGGAAGCAGCGGCUUCCUUUAGCUAGUGCAUCGGCUAAACAUAUGUGCAAAGUAAACUGCCCUGUAAAGAGACCGAGGAAGCAUGCCUCCAAUUCUGAGACCGUUCCUAGCAGAGCCUCAUUACGCACCUGAGAGUACUUAGCAUCGGUUCGAAUACGAAGCGUGUGCCGUCGUGUCCAAGGCAGCAAUCAAGCUGCAGACGCAGAAUCAAUCAGCAAUGGCCCCACUGAAAAGCGGGGAAAGGAUCCUUGCAAUGUUUCUC